GAUUCAAGUAUAGCAAUGAAUUACGCUCUUACCAAUUGGAAGGCCUGAACUGGCUUAGAUUUUGUUACUACAGUUUCCGCUCUUGUAUCCUUGCUGACGAAAUGGGUCUCGGUAAAACUGUACAGUCUGUUGCCUUGCUCAAUGAUAUCUACUGUGGUCUCAACAUCCGUGGACCUUUCUUGGUGGUUGCUCCAUUGUCCACUAUCCCUCAUUGGGAACGUGCAUUUAAAGCUUGGACUGACCUGAAUACCGUUGAUUAUCGUGGCAGUCAACUUGCUCGCGCCUUGGUGCACGACACGGAAUUUUUCUACAAGGACGCUGAUGGUCAAGUGAUUCCAAACAAAACCAAGUUUGAUGUCUUGAUCACAACCUACGAAAUGGCAUCGGCUGGAGCUGCUCAUUUACGUGAAAUCAACUGGCAAGCUGCUGUGUUUGAUGAAGCUCACAGAUUGAAGAACAAGCAAUCCAAGGUUCUAGAAAUUCUCAAGACGUUUACCAUUUACCACAAGUUGUUGCUUACGGGUACUCCCCUGCAAAACAACUUGGAUGAACUCUUCAGUUUGCUACACUUUAUGCAGCCCGAAAUUUACAGUGACGAGCGCCUCUUCUUCCACGAAUACGGAUCGUUGCAAACUGCUGCUCAGGUUGAAAAACUUCAGCUCAUGCUCAAGCCUAUUAUGUUGAGACGUUUCAAGGAAGAUGUUGAAAAGUCCAUUCCUGUCAAGGAAGAAACUGUCAUUGAAGUUGAAUUGACCAACCCCCAAAAGCGAUACUACCGUGCUAUUUUGGAGAGAAAUUUCGGCUUUUUGAAGAAGGGUGCUCGAACCAACAAGGAAUUGCCCCAUCUUCGCAAUAUCAUGAUGCAACUCCGUAAAUGCUGUAUCCACCCUUAUCUUUUGGAAGGAGCUGAGGAAGUCAUUACCUCGGAAAGCAAUGCAAAAUCUCAAGAAUCUCAAUUCAAAUGCUUGAUCGAAUCCUCCGGUAAAUUGGUUUUGAUUGACAAGUUGCUCAAGAAACUGAAGGACGGAAACCACAAGGUCCUUAUUUUCUCACAGUUCACAACUUGCUUGGAUAUCCUGGCUGAUUAUCUUCGUGGCCGCAACUAUGCUUACGAACGCAUUGAUGGUGGUGUUCCUUCUGAACAACGACAAGCUGGUAUUGAUCGAUUCUCAACUAUGCCUAUCGAUGAGUCCUUCGUUUUCUUGCUGUGUACUCGAGCGGGUGGUGUGGGUAUCAAUUUGACCGCUGCCGACACUGUCAUUAUCUUUGACAGUGAUUGGAAUCCUCAAAACGAUUUGCAAGCUCAAGCUCGUUGCCAUCGUAUUGGACAAACCAAGCCUGUUCAGAUCUACCGCCUUGUGUGCCGCAAUACCUAUGAAAAGGACAUGUUUGACCGUGCUGGUUUGAAGCUUGGUUUGGAUAAGGCUGUCAUGAGACGCAUGGAAUCUCAAUCCAGCUCCGUAAACGAAGACGAGACAGGUGUAAGCAAGAAUGAACUCAACAAGAAGGAGAUUGAAGAUCUUCUGAAGAAGGGUGCCUAUGGUGCUAUGUUGGAUGAUGAAUCCUCUGCUCAAUUCUGUGCUGAAGAUAUUGAUCAAAUUUUGGAACGCAGAACCACGGUUGUUCGUCAUGAAGGCAACGACGCCGGUUCCAUGUUCUCCAAGGCCACCUUUUCUUCUUCCGAUGGUGCCACCGUCGAGUUGGACGAUCCUGACUUUUGGGAGAAAUGGGCUGCUAAGGCGCAAAUCGAAACCACGGAAGCACCUGAUGAGAAUGAACUCAUCGUGUACCAGCCAAGACGACGCCGUCAAGUUCAACGCUUCGGAAGCCGACCCGCGGAUGGCUCUGUCUCUUCCAACGAAGGUGAAAACGACUCUGAUGCUUAUGUCGACGAUAAGGAACGCGGUCGUCGCAAGCGUGAUGGUAUUCGCCCAUGGAGUUUAUCUGAAAAGACAAAGUAUGAACGCAAGCUCAUGAUCUAUGGUUAUGGUCGCUGGAAGUCCAUGAAGACCCAUUUCCCUCGCCGCUCCGAGCGUGACUUGAAGGCUGUCACUCGUGCCAUGAUGCGUCUCAUCUUACCUACCAUUGAACGCAAUACCGAGGAAGAUUACCGUUUGAUUCAAGAUAUCGAAGGUCUAUUGGAUAGCGAUGUUGAUGAUGAACCAAGAAACAAAUCCAUUCCUUACAACAAUGCUACCAAGGCUCAAACCGCAGAGUACCGUACUUUCCUUCUUGAGGCUCCUCAAGACUACCUUGAUCAUGUCACCAAGAAGGGUAGAAAUAUCAUCUUGCGCAUUCAGAUGCUUCAUGUGAUUCGCGACAAGAUUGUUCCUCACGAAUGGGAUGAGGCUAAGAAGCUGGAAAUUCCAAAGGUGACGGGUAACCCUCCUGCCGCCUGGUGGGGUCACAAUGAAGAUCGUGAUCUGCUCCUUGGUAUUUGUCGAUACGGCUACCAACAGUAUUACGCCAUGCGAAGUGAUCCUGAAUUUAGUUUUUAUGGUCGCAAGUAUGAUGACAGUCAAGCCGGUCUCGAUGACGAAGAUGGCAAGCAAGAAAGCGAUGCAGAAAACGAAAAGAAUGGAGAUACCGACGCCAAUGGUGAAGCCUACAUUUGGCCCUCCAAGGCUGAUUUGGGUAUGCGUCUCCGCCGUAUCAUUGCUGCCUUCCUUCGUGAGAAAGCCAUUGUCAACCGAAAGGAAAGUAGAAUGCAAAAGCACAUGGAGAAGGAAAAGGCCAAGGAAGCGGCCAGAGAACGAACCAAGUUGGCACGCCAGAGAAAGAAGGAAGACCGUCUGGCCGAAAAGCAAGAAGCCAAGUGGAGAGAAACUUCCAAGCGGUGGUCCAAGAAGAGUAAACAAGACUUUUUGCGUACCGUCAUGUCCUUUGGUGUAGAGACCAUUCCCGGUGAUCCUAACAUCCUUUGGGAUCGCUUCAAGGAACUCUCUGGUUUGGACAAGAAAACGGAUGAAUCUCUGGAUUUGCACCUGCAAGACGUUAUCAGCAUUUGCGAAGACGUUGUCAAGCGACAUAACGAGAACACCAAUGGAAAUGGCACCGCUGCCGGUUCCGCAGGCGGCAAAGGAGCGGAUUCUAGUUUUAUUGAAGGUCACAGCCGAGAUUCCAGUAUGGAUCCCAUCCCAAUGCCCCUUCCCCCUGUUUCCGAAUCCGGCGAUACUCAGACGGACGGAGAAGAAAAGAGCAGCGAAGUGAAGCAAGAAGAUGAACUGCUUGAGAACGAUGCAUCUAAUACCGAUAUAAAAGAUGAGUCUGUUCCUCCCAAGACUGAAGAAUCCGUCACCAAGCAUGAAGAUGAUAUGGGAUUGGACCAGGAGGAUUUGGAGGACGAUAAAAUUGACGAUGACAAGAACGAUGAUGAUAAGAAUGACGAUGACCAAGAUAAUGAUCAAGAUGGUGAAGGUCAUGAUGGUGAUGCCAUUCCUUAUGAUCGAGCUCGUCGCGUCCUCAAGCGAAUUGAACAAAUGAAGACUAUUAGAGAAUCAGUCAUUGUUAAUCCCGAUCUUGACGAUCUACUUUCACGAGCACGCAAGACCUCUGGAUUGCCCAGGUAAAGUUUCAUGGACAUAACACAGAUAUUGAAGCAGCAGGCACAAUUGACUAAUCCUCUUCACACAUCAGCUGGUGGAAGGUGCCAGAGCACGACAAGGCUUUCUUGCAAGGUAUCUGUAAACAUGGUGUCAACCGCAGUGACCUUAUUGUCGCCGACGAGGAUUUGCCAUUCCAUCACAUCAAGAAGCAA